UAAGGCCGACACUCGUGCGGUGCACUUCGGCCCGACGACAUCGGCCACAGUCGUAGACACGUGCGUUUGCGGCCACCCUUCGCAAACGCUUUUCCGCGGAAGUUCGAGCAGUGACGCGCCACGAGUUCUUUUCGUUUGUUCGGUUCGUUGUGAUUGUUAAUAACUGACAUCACUUUCCGGGGACGUUUAGUUUUAUAAAUCGUACAAAUUCGCUUGAGUUCGUCGAUUAUUCGCAUUGCGAUUUUGUUCGAGGGAAUAAAAAACGCGGAACGUACUUGUCAGCACGUGGUUUUACGAAGGAACAGAUAUUUGUGGCGAUGUGUAAGUUGCACCGCGAGGAAGGGUGAGAAACAAGUGUGAUCUAUGUAAAUGUAAGUGACACACUGCGGCGUGAUAUAUUUCGGAGAAGGUUCGAAACGGAGUUCCUCGAUGCGCUCUUCCUUGGAGGGUGCAACCUGUACGCGGUGGCAAGUCGACGAUCUCUGACGAAAGCUCGUGCACAAUUUUAGAGCACGUAGUAACGGAGUUUGUAAUAAGAGUUAGAGAACGCGUACGCUGAAGAAGUUUGUCGAUCGACGACCGGCUGGUGGACAAUGAAGUCUUACCUCAUCUUCGUGCUCUGGCUUCAGAUAUGCUUGCUGGGCCUCGCAGUGAGCGACAACAGUACAAUCGAGGACUCGACCAUCGAGGACGUUUCGGAGGUUUCGGAAACCAACAACAAUCUUGACACGGACUCAGGAGACCAGAGCGUCGUUUGGGGUGAAUGGACACCAUGGUCCAAGUGGUCCGGCUGUUCAAGGAGCUGCGGCGGUGGAAUUUCACGGCAACAGAGACGUUGCAGGAGGAAGCCGUGUAAAGGUAGACCGUGGAGCACGAAAUACAAGAUCUGUAAUCCAGAGCCCUGUGAGAACCCAACCGAUUUCCGGGCCGAGCAAUGCGCCGCCUUCGACGACGUGCCAUACAGCGGGCAACUGUUGAAAUGGUAUCCACAUUACAACCCGGUGAGGCCGUGCGCUUUGAUCUGCCGCGGCGAACAAUCGCUGGGGAACACCGGGCCCGAGAUCAAGCAGGAAACGUCCGUGGAAAAGGUGCUUCCGCGCGAUGCCACCGAGGCUUUGCAACUCGACAGCGAAGAAACGAUUGUGGUCCAGCUUGCAGAAAAAGUCGAGGAUGGAACCAAAUGCUAUAUCGAUGGCACAGAUGUUUGCAUCGACGGUGAAUGCACAAAGGUCGGUUGCGAUUUGCGAGUCGGUAGCAACAAGAACACGGACGCGUGCGGCGUAUGCGGCGGAAACGGAUCGAGCUGCCAAUCGCGGUACUCGUGGAGUUUGGAAUCGAUAUCCGCUUGCUCGAAAUCAUGCGGCGGAGGCUUCAAGAUAGCAAUGGCGGUGUGUAAGAUCGUCGGCCAGGACGAAAGCGUAGUGGAUGACAGCUAUUGCGAUCCGGAUAACAGACCAGAGAAGACUCUAAUGCCGUGCAACACGCAUCCCUGUACCGCAAAAUGGGUAGCCGGCGAGUGGAGUAUGUGCAGUGCUAGUUGCGGAAUUGGAUCGAGAACCAGGACCAUUUUCUGUACCGAGGAGAACGGCAAUGAGACUACGAAGUUGCCAGACCACAAGUGCAAUACCUCGCAUAAACCCCGUAGCCAGGAGACUUGUAAUACCAUUUCGUGCCCUAUGUGGGAGACCGAGAAGUGGAGCGAGUGCUCCGUGACCUGCGGCAACGGUCUCAGGACGAGGACAAUCGAGUGCAGGGACGCCGUUGGUUCCAUCUCAAAGGACUGCGACCCAGCCGAACGACCGCACACCGAGCAAGAGUGCAAAACAAACAUUCCCUGUCCGAUAUACGGCGAAGAAAUGACACAACCCCUCAUGCAGCCGUACCCACCUCCGCCGGUGUCAGAGAAAUUAAUCGACCAGCCGAUACCUUCGGAAUCUACGUUCAUCGCGGACGAUUGGUCGCCGUGCAGCGUGACAUGCGGCGAAGGGAUCAGACACCGGGAAGUCCGUUGUAAGAUAUUCCUCGAGUUCAGUCGAACAAUCGCCGAUUUACCCGACCAUCAGUGUUCCGGACCGAAACCGAUCGAGAAGGAGAAAUGCGUGAUGAUCCCGUGCAAUGUGGUCGAGAACAGCCUGACCUAUGGCAUCGACACUGUCGGCGACAGUGGAUAUGCCGAACCGAGCCUGACAGACAUCUACAGAUCAUCGGCAGGCAGUUCAAGCGGGAGUGGCUACGACGCUGGAAUUAAGGUCGCCCCAGGAAGCGACGUGCAGACAACCUACUCCUGGAAAGAAGCUGGUUACACCCCUUGCAGUGCCACUUGUCUUGGAGGCGUCCAAGAAUUGAUAGUGAAUUGCGUGAGAGACGAUACCGGCAAAACUGUGAUGCCUUUUCUAUGCACCGCCGAAACUAAACCGGAAGCUAGAAUAAGGGUCUGCAACGACCAUCCUUGCCCGCCAAGAUGGAAUUUCAGUGAAUUUACACCGUGUAUGAGUCCAUGCGGAAUCGGUAUACAAACGCGCGACGUCACGUGCAUACAUGAAGUGACGCGUGGCACAGGUAAGACGGUUCCUGUGCCAAACCACAUGUGCCCGCAACCACCGCCAGCGGACAGACAAUACUGUAACGUAUUGGACUGCCCGGUUAAAUGGAGCACCGGCGAAUGGGGCAAGUGCUCAAAAACUUGUGGAGGUGGAGUGAAAAAACGCAGAGUAACCUGCGAACAAAUAAUGGCUCAGGGGCAUAGGCAGAAUAGAGAAGAUCGUGAAUGUCCACCUCAAAAGCCCGCCACAGAGAAACCUUGCAACACCAGAGCUUGUCACGCUAUGGAUGCCGGGUCUCUGCCUAUCAUUUCCAGUCAAAACACGACUUACAACCAGACAGACUUGAACGCGAAAGUCGACUUGAAAAUCGGCGGUAUCGCGACGGUGUUUCAAGGCACAUCGUCCAUCAAAAUUCGUUGUCCCGUUAGAAAAUAUGAUAAAGAACAGAUUGUAUGGACCAAGGAUGACAAAGAGUUAAGAAAAUCAAGAAAGUAUAAGAUUAGCAGAAAGGGCGCCUUGAAGAUAAACGAUAUAACGUCUACGGAUGCGGGCGUUUACGCGUGUAUAGCGGAUAAUUCGCACGCGGAGACGCGCUUAUUCGUGAAGUUUCGUUCAAAAGAACAAAUAAGUAGCGAAGAGUAUCUACGAUUGAGCAAUUCCGUCCAUCGGCAACGAAACGCGAAUUUGGAUUCGGCGCCAGCGAAUUCAGGCGAGAGCCUUUACACGGAUCGAGCAGCUGCGUAUGGAAACAGAUUCGUUAACAUUGAUAGUGAAGAUUUGAGCCAUGAGCGAACAGGGCCUAGCAAAACGACGAGGAAACCGCAUCAGAGAAAGCAGAAGACUAGUCCAACGCCACCGGAUUUAACGGUGAUACAUAAAGAACACGCUGUAACUUCGUUGAAUCAGCCAGGUUACCACGAAUCUGUGGAAUCUACUGCACCCGCAAGUUCGGGUGCUUCCACUCUCGUACCGCACUUAACAUAUUUUAUAUCGACAUUAAAGGAAUACUGGCCGUUCCAAAGCGAAAGCUCUGUAGGAAGGUCUCACAGAACAGCUCCUGUGGCAUUCAUCGAUGACAUAGGAAAAGAAGCAGUUGUGACAAAACGCACCAUGGCAGACAGAAAUUCCGGUCUGAGAUAUCAAAACGUUGAAGACAAUUUGGAUACCCUGCAUCGUAAUACGGCGAUUCCAGAUGAAACUUUCGGGCCUGACGAAGAAAGGAUAUUCAUCGAUGUAGAUCCGUACGAUUUGGACGAGUCCAUGUUCGGAUUACAACACAGUGAUCCAAUAAAAGUCACUCCUACUGUGAAUAAAAUUAGCCCAAUAAUAUCUGUGAAGUCCGAUGUAGAUUACGUCGAAGAAUCGCUGAAAAAUGUUAAAAGACAAUGGCACGAUACGUCAGAAAUAAAAGAUCAUUGGAAUUCGACGCCUAAAAAUCAAGAUAAAGAACUCAUAAAUAAUUCAACCACGUCUGAAAGCAUUACUUCGCAAAUGCAUUACACUCUGGAUACAAAUACAAAAUACAGUACUGAGAAUUUUGGAGAAUUCGAUCGCAAAGAGAUCGAUCGAAAUAAUUAUCAUAGUUUUGGAAGUGAGCGCGUAAUUCCUACGAUGUCACUUAAAGAAGCAGAGGUAGCUUCGGAAAAAUCUAGCCCUGAGAAUGAAAAAGCAGAAGUUCUAAACAGAACGAAAGAAUAUGAGCAAAUUUUUGAAGACGAAAUGAAAAAGCGAAAAGUUUACGAUGAAAAUGAUACAAUUGACGAUGCUAUCACCCGAAUUACAACCACUAGACAUUCAGAAGACGACUUAUUCGAUUUAGCAUUAACGGAAGAUCGAGAAUCCGAAGAAAUUGUAAAAGAUAUGAAAAAUUUGUUGCGAAAUAAAGAAGCUCGAAACAGCUCAUCCGAGGACGCAACUGAUUUUCAACAGCGUUCUAUUAAUGAAGAGAAACUAAACAAGUCUGUAGCUGUAACAACGACUAUUGUUAAUGGACCAAAUGCCACUGUCGAUUCGAUGUCUCUCAGCAUUUUAGAUACUUCGGAAGAUUUGGUUUUUGAGUGGGUAACAACAGAUUGGUCGAAGUGUUCUCAAACUUGCGGAGGAAGCGGAUUUCAGAUGCGAGGAGCUCAGUGCACAGUUCGUGCAGCGAAACCAAUCGGAAACACAACUCGAACACCUCCCCGGACGGUCAUAGGAGCAACGUUAUGCGUGGAUGCUGGCCAUUCGGUACCGCAAAAGGUAAAACCUUGCGGGUUCGGUAAAUGUCCUCAGUGGCAUACCACUGAAUGGACACCUUGCGAAACAUCCAGAUGCUUCAACUGGAAAACUGCGAUGCAGAGGCGCGACGUUACUUGUCGUUUAAUAGAUGAUAUGGAAAAUGGGCAACAAAAUAUUACGUUACUGGAUCCUAACAAAUGCGAUGAUACUAUUAGACCUCUUCAGAGGCAAGAAUGUUAUAAUGAUGCGUGCAAGGGUGUCUGGAGAGUUGGGGAAUGGUCUGAGUGUACAGCAUCAUGCGAAGAAGACGGUAUCAAAUAUAGAAUCUUACAGUGCGUUUGGUAUGGCACUAAGAAACCAGCUGGCAACGCGUGCAGAGAUAUUCCGCGGCCUCCUGUUAUGAAAACGUGUAGGGGACCCCUCUGUCCUCAAACACCUGAUGACUGUAAAGAUCAUUCACAACUGUGUAGCAGGGUAAAAACGAUGAACAUGUGCAAGGUACCCCUUUAUCAAAAGCAAUGCUGUCAAUCGUGUCACUAGAUCCAACAAAUCGAUAAGAGUUGAUUCCGAAAUGAAACCAUUAGAUAAAAGAAUGAUUAAAUUAAGAACUACGCCCGGAGAAAAUGUCGAGUUGGGUAAAUACAUUCGAAGAUUAUCUUCAGGAAUAUUUACCGAAAUAUUUGAAAAAUAACGGAUCGCGUUCGAAUCUACUAACGCGUACGUUGAAUACAGAUAAAAAAUGUGUAAAAAAAAACAGUAUGGAAGAAACGGUAUCGACCAAAUUAUUUUCGCUCGUAAUUGUUCCCAAUCCUAUUGUCCGUGGCCCUCGAGCAAAACGUGUUCGCGUCCGAGCGUCGGAAUCUUCUUGCACUCUUUGUUAAGGAUCUGAUUCCUAAUUAUGUGCUAAUUAAAGUUAUAACUUUCGAACGUGUAUCACGUGGUAGUUUGGCACGACUCCUAAUAGCGCACGCUCGUAACCCCGUGAGAAGAACGAAGGGAAUCCCGGCAUUCGUCCAAAAAGUUGAGAAAUUUUAUUGUUGAAGUUCAAUGAGAACGGAAUUAUAAUAGGAGAGGUAUAAUUGUAUCCUGAAAGGAGACACCGCGACAAUUCGAAGUUCGUCGUACGUUGGUGUUACCAGAGACGAGCUUCAAUAGAGCUGUUCAAAUUUUUAGAUGGAAAUGUUACAUAUGAAUGAGAGAAGGGUGAACGGAAAGCAGUAAGUAAUCCCGAUCGCGCUGUGAAAGGGCGGCACAAAAGUUCAUUUUUCGAGUCUUUAUUUUUUUACGUGUAUCUUUCGGAUAACGCGAAGAUCCGACCUCUCUCGGUUCACAUAUCGAAAACGCGCAAGGUUUUCGUCACUUUUUAUCGAAGACUGACAAAAAAAAUGCUACACGUUUCUUCAGUACAUCUUUCUUCGCGGAAACGCAUCCAUCGCACGAUUUCUAGCAAAAAUUGAGUAAUUCCGUUAAUUUUUUCAAUACACUCAUCGUAAAGAGUCUUCACAAACAUUCCGCUAUACCCUUCCGAAUAGAGGUGUGUUACACACGUUUCGUUAUGUUUCCACAGGAAUAUAUUCGUAUUUAUUGCUGCGUUACUUCUAGGUUCAACGAUAUUCGAUAUAAAUUAUUAUACGACAUGUUAAGUUAUAGUGGAUGAUAAAAAGUAUAAAAGUUACUAACGACGUAUAAGUUAUAAAAUGAAUUAUUACGCGCCUAUAAGCGCCUCGUCAGGCGUAUGUAAGCCAAUAGAUCCUAAGCAAUAAAAUAUAUAGGGACUGUAAUAUACUAUUUUGUUAAUAACCUCUGGCGAAAAUUCGUUAACAUGACGUUUCAAUUUUCCGGUCGACUCCGAACAAAAUUUAAUUCUGUGCCUCUAAUCACGCGAUCAAUAAUUUCUUUUGCUCUUAUGACUUUAUCAAUGCUUUAUAUAUCCCAAUUCUUGUAUUUCAUUAUUUUAAACAAUUCAAAUCAUUGAUGUUAUACACAUAUGUUAAUGGGAAUGGAAGGAUGUAUUAAUGUAAUGUUUGAAAAUAGCAAUUACGUUGUUUUAAUCUUUUUUGUCCUACGAUAUUGUGAACAGAUUUUCGCUAUCAACGAAUUUGCCUCAACACAGCUAGACAGUUUGCCAAAACGAACUGACAUAAAUGAAAUAAAAUAUAAAUAAAUUAGUAUAUUAUUGAAAAAUCGAGAUGAAAAAAAUAUAUAUAUAUUACCAGCUACAUAAGAAAGCGCACGCGGAUAAAAGUAACACCACCUUAAGCGCAAGUAUGAAUGUAUCAUGCAGAAUGGAAAUAUAUUGUUUCACAGUAUAUUUAUAAGAAAAAUUCUGUACAUUAUCAAUAUGUUUCAAUGAGUUUUAGUUAGCAUUUAAGUCCACGGUAAAUGUUAUUCAAUCGAACUAAUCACGAAAAAUAUGCGUUUAUUUAAUAUCGUCUAUCAAUAAGCACACGGUAAUACCUGCAAUUUUGUAUAUACCACGAUCUAAUUAUGUAAAAUGACUCCACACUAUUAUACGAAGAGCAUUAUUGUUCAUUAUAUCUAUGUACAUAUGUAACUGCCUAAAUAUGAAUAAAACCAGAGGAUAUAUCACUGCACAAUA